AUGGCUUUGCGGAUUUUCGCUCUCCACCACGUAGGUAGUCUUCUCUCGUCUUCUCCUUUCGAGAACUUUGGUCUCGAAGUUGCAGAGCAGAUGAAAGCAAUGGAAACAGAAGCCGUGCUCUCCUCGGAAGAACCUUCCAACCCUUUCGUGGUCUCUUACCUCAUCCGCUCAUGUGGGCUCUCACCCGCAGCUGCCGUCUCUGCAUCUAAGAAGGUUGGUUUUGAAUCCUCUGAUAGACCAGAUUCCGUUAUUACCCUAUUCAGAAACCAAGGAUUCACCGACGCCCAAAUUUCCAGUCUGGUUGGAAAGUGCCCAUCAUUGCUCGUGUCCAGUCCUACAAAGACCCUUCUGCCUAAACUUGAGUUCUUCUAUUCCCUGGGCGUUUCGAGCCCUAACCUCGCCAAAAUCCUCUGCAAAGAUCCAAGGGUCUUGUUAAAUAGCUUAGAAAACAAAAUCAUCCCUUCUUUUAAUUUCCUCAAAAGUAUAGUUGGGACUGAGAAGAAUGUUGUUGUUGGUCUAAAACGUGUACCCCGUCUCGUCCAUUAUGAUUUACAGAAUAUGGCUCGAAAUAUUGCAUUCUUAAGAGAAAAUGGAGUACCGGAGUCUAAUCUCGUGAGCUUACUAAAUUACUACCCCAUUGCGAUGACACCUAAAAAUGACCGGUUCAAACAGAUAGUUGAGGAGAUAAAGCAAAUGGGUUUCGACUCUUCAAAAUACUUGUUUGUGAGCGGUCUAUAUGCAUUUACAUCAAUGACCAAAUUGACAUGGAAACAGAAAUUGGAGGCUUAUCGAAGGUGGGGUUUUUCUGAGAAUGAGAUUCUCUUGGCAUUUAGGAGGUAUCCUCCUUUUAUGACGGCGUCUGAGAAGAGGAUAAUGAGCCAUAUGGAUUUCUUUGUUAACAAAAUGGGUUGGGAUCGGGCAGUUAUCAUCAGGUACCCGCACCUUCUCGGCCAUAGCUUAGAGAAGUGGAUUCUUCCAAGGUGUUCAGUUUUUCGAGUAUUGAUAUUGAAGGGUCUAGUGAAGGAAGAUCUUAAAUUGGGUUCUCAGUUGAAAAAAAGUAAGAAGCAUUUCUUGGAGAAUUUUGUGACAAAAUAUGAGAAAGAAGUUCCUCAACUCUUGGAUUUAUAUAAAGGGAAUAUUAGUCUGCUAGGACUAGGAUAUGAAACUCAGGAAGUGUGGAAAGAACCUACUGUAAAAUGCUCAAUUUUUUGA